AUGCGGAAGAUUCUGUCAAUGUUGAGAGGCCAUUGCUGCUGGAUUGGAUCAAGCUGCGCCGCCCAGUCCAGCAUCCCUCCGACCUUUUGGAGAUCCCCAGCUCAGAGCUUUUUGAGUGGGACGUGGUUGAGCCUCCUCGUCACAGCGGCUUCAUGUACCAGGUCACCCAGGUGA